AUGGACUUUCCCAUGGAGUCCCCAUGUACUAUGCCAAACUAUGAUAGCGACACAACUAGCGAAGAACGACCAUCGUCACAACCCAUCAACACCAAAAUCCAGGCCAAGUUCCAAAUAGCUCGGCCGCCCCCAAAAUCAACUCAACUACUUCGACUCAGCCCCAAACUACUCCUUCAAAUCCAACAAAUACCUCCAAACCACCGGCCAGUGCCUGUACUAGAGAUAUGGCAGCCACCACUCCGAAAGUCAAAACUGACAAGAGGUUUCCCGCAACGUCCAAAGCUCAGCACGAGGGAUCUUUACGCAACCCUCAAUGAGCCAUACAUCACCAAUAAACAACCGGAGAUACAACCGUCCCUAGAAAAAAACACCAAAUCAUGCAGUAUUCAAGAAAAGGAUAUUGUCGCUGCAAUGUGCGAAACAUCAAAUAGCGACAACCCCACGCCAUCAAUCCACUUCCGGGACACAAAAUGCAUCUGGCAAGCUAUCCCCAGCUCCGCAGGUCCUGAGAAAGGCAACUAUUACCGAUUCGUUGUAAAAAAAGGAGAUAACACAAGCGACUCCGAGCAGUCCCGGAUGAUCAUGCAGUGGGAGAAACGAGCACUCUCUGCAAGUGGAAAUGCGGCAUCCGGAUCAGAUACCGAACAAUUCGUUCUUAUGGCGAUUGAUCGCAAGAUGCGGCGGAAAAGUCGCAUUGCUACGAUGACCCGGGCUGGGUUCGAGAUUUCUGUGAGGAAGAGUUCGAUCUUGGAUCAUCUUCGGACUUGUUUCAGGUUGACGGAGCCUAUUUCUGAAGAACUCGCGGAUUUGGAUACUUGGUUGUAUAAUCUAGUCUUGACUUUGGGUGUUACAGUGGCUUUUCAGGAAGGGUGGUCGGGUUGA